AAAACUUCGCGUUGGCGCCUUGCAGCCUUGCAGCGGUGUCCAAACAUGCUACUUUCAGCGGUGAGAUUUGGUCGCAUCCCUCGCGAAAUCGUUUUUGCAGUGGCUAAAGGUGCAUGACAUCAGUGUUUGGAUAUGAGCACAUUCUUUCCAGAGCAAUCAGAGCAUUGAAUGUGCCAUGAUUGGGGGCACGGUCCAGACUCGAGGGGGCACUGGUCGACUGGGAUUCCUGUACUCAGUAUAGGAUGUAUAGGGUAGGAUCAUGAUGGAUCAUGUAGGAUCAGGAAAGUGUAGGAGUGUUCUGGCUUGCAGCAGCUACGACGCGGAGAAGACAUGGGCGGAGAGGUUUCGGGUCCACAUUGUCGCUGAGUUUUCAUGCAAUUCCAGUCAAUUUUAAUAUGCCAAAGCCAUCCAUACAAGCAGCAGAAACGGACAAAUUUACAGGCCUUCGCAACUUCCACCCUACCCAAAGUCAUACGGUUCCAGUUUAGUUGAGGUUGGAAACAGGGUAAGACUGUUAGACGCAACAAGGAAGGCAGAAGGCAGGAUUUCCCAGGUCCUAUCACAUUCCUCCUUUCCAGGAAUGUAUGGUCGGUCCAAACGAUGCUUCAAGCUUGCUGCUGUGCGCGUCAUGAAGGAGCUGAAUCACAUGUACUGGCUCAGAAAGAAGAGGAGAAAACAGAUGAGAAUUCUUUGGAUUACUCGCAUAAAUGCAGCUUCCAGAGAGCAUGGAUUUCUUUACAGCCGGCUCAUCUCCGGCUUGACUCGUGCAAACAUGGCCGUGGACCGAAAGAGCCUCUGCAUCCUUGCAGAGACUGAGCCAGCAAGCUUCAAAUGUGUCGUUGACGAGGCUAAGAGGAUGAUGAAGCGAGAGACUUUGGAAUCGGCAAGAAACCUCUCCCGAUUCUGAACGGCACUGUGGCUCUGUCCAAAGAUUUGCAGGCACAGUGAAGAAAAA